AUGGAUGCGUGUGACGACGAAAGCCUUGGAAAGAGUGUUGCACGCUAUGGAGAUGCGGAUGUUGAGGUGGACGAUAGGACAGCCGUAAGGGUGACAUCAGAUGUCCAGGAGCGGAUCGAUGCGGUCAACCUAGCGCAACGCAUCGCGAAUUCUAACGGUUACAUUGGCUCUGACGGUGUUGGAACCACUGUAAAAAACGAACAUGUUUGUGAGAGUGCGAUUCUUAGUGUUGAAGAGCCGACAUCUGAUCGACAAACUAGAGUAGAAAACAUGAAAUUCCAUGAAGCAGAAAUGCGUGGAAUGACUUUGUUCGGCGACCUUUCAUAG